UGUAAUCGGCAACGGUUGGAUGGAUGGAUGUUGUUGGUAGUUUUGGAUUUAAACCUGUGAGCUCAUUAGCUUGUGACGGCUAUUGGCACGGCAGCGGAUCGUGAUAGAGAACGUGCGCGAUAUUUACAAUAUUACGAAUUAAGCUAUCGCAAAGAACGAGCAAGCAGCAGCCGGAGGUGCGGUGCCGCAAUUAAUUGCAAGUGUGUACGUUCACGUAGAACAUUGAAGGUGGGACAGGCCCGAGGAUAGAGGGCCCUUGCUGCCUGUAAGGCUCUUUUCCCGAUCUCGAAUGAGAAAUCGAAGUAGCCACCCGUACGAAUCGUCGUUGUGUGUCUCUAAUUUGACCGCAGCUAACCGAGAACCAAUGCGAUGAUCUGAGGAUCGCGUAAGCACGAGCGCGCUCGCUCAUCAUGACCGUCGACUUCGCCGAUUACUUUUGGGGCGAAAAGAAUAAUGGAUUCGAUGUAUUAUAUCAUAAUAUGAAACAUGGAGUUGUGGCAAGCAAGGAGUUAACAGAUUUUUUAAAAGAUCGCUCUUUUAUUGAAGAAAAUAACUAUAAACUUUUCAGUAAGGUUGCCAAACAGGCAAGCAAUAGCAACAGUACUCAAGGAACAUUUGCACCUGUGUGGGCUGCACUUAGAGGUGCAGCAGAAAAACUAGCUGGCUUACAUUUGCAAUUAACACAAAAAGUAUCUGAACUUAUUAAAGAUGUAUCUAAAUAUUCUGAUGAACUUAAUAAAAAACACAAAGUUGUAAAAGAAGAAGAAUCUUCAACAUUAGAAGUUGUCCAAAGUAUACAAAGUAUCACAAUAACUCUUCAAAAAACUAAGGAUAUAUGCUUGCAAAGAGGACAUGAAUUAGAAAAGUUAAAAAAAGAUAAUGCAAGUCAAAGAGAGUUAGAAAAAGCUGAAAUUAAAUUUAAAAAAGCUCAAGAUGAUUAUAAAACAUUGAUUGACAAAUACACUACAAUACGAAAUGAUUUUGAAACCAAGAUGACACAAGCUUGCAGAAGAUUCCAAGAUGUUGAGGAAACUCAUUUAAAAAAUAUGAAAGAAUUUUUGAAUACAUAUGCAGAUGUUCUUCAAUCAAAUCAUGAACAAGUUGGACAAGUUCAUAUAGAUUUCAAGCGACAAUGCCUUGAUAUGACUGUGGACAAAUUAUUAGAACAGUUUGUUCAAAGUAAAUACACAGGAUUUGAAAAACCAGGAGUUAUUGAAUAUGAAGAUAUCUUAACAUCUUUAGCUGAAAUAACAAGUCAAACAAGUCAAGAAAAACACACUGAUGCACAAAAAGAAAUUUCAAAAGGAGCGAAUGGAGAAACUGGUGUUGCGGGUAACUUACUGAUGUUAAAAAAAAAUCAAGUGAUUAAAAGGGAGGGUUUUCUUACUGGCAGGGAAAAAUCAAAGAUACAUGAUAAAGAAAAGGAGAAGCGCAAUGACAGAGAUAAUGAAUAUAUUCAGGCUCAACAAACUAAAACCUCUCGUCGUACCACUUCAUUGCUCAACCUAUUCAUGUCCAACUCCCAGGAGAGGCAAAGACAAGCAGGCUCGGGUUCGGCUCCUGUCACUCCUCAGGAAAAUUUGUCUCCUGCUGUUCCGACUCCCAGCAUCUCCAGGAACCCUCUCAGAGGAUCUAAAUGGUUUCUUCGAAGCAGGCGCGAAAAAAGGAAGGAGAAAAAAGCAAAGAAGAAGAAGGAUUCGGUGGAAAUAACCAACAAUAAGGAAGACAAGUCUGACCUAGAGGAUAAAGAUCAAGAUAGUAGAAAAUCGGAGACUCCGACGCCCGAAGUAGACGAAGAUGGAUUUUGUAUUAAACCAAAAUCAGACCCUUGGGAAAAUGAAAAAGGAUUUUAUUCAAGUUCAGAUACUGAUUCUGAAGAUGAUAGAGAAAGAAAGAUACGCGUAGAGAUUAAACCUUUAAGUAAUGGAGGUGCACCAAUGAGUGCAAGUGUUGAUGAAUUAAGAGCUACAGUUGAGAAUCUUUCUUUAUCUCCUGCUCCAAUGGGAAGAAGAGGAUCGAGUACAGAUACUGAUCAUCAUAUCAAGAGAUCACAAUCUGUUUCUCAACAAUUGGGUGUUAAACCAAGUUCAGAUUUGUUGAACUUAUUUAACCCAAGUAAUACACCAUCUAGUGCUUCAACUCCAACAGGUAGCCAUCCAUAUGCUCCACUUCAGAGUCCUCCAGGACUUUCUUCGUCUCCAAUUCCAACGAUGCUUCCUCCACCUCAAUCAGCACCACCGCACCCGCGAUUUCCAGAGGGAGAUUUGUUUUCUGAGCUGAAUGAUGUGACACCAGCUUUACCUCCGAAACAAUCAGCAACGCCAACAGGAUCAAUCAUAAUACCGCGCCCUCCAUCAAGAAGAGGAGACGCUAUAAGAGGUAGAAUGUCUCCGGCAACGAUAUCGAGAGCAGACAGUGUCGCUAGUCUAGAAUUUCGCACAGCUGGUGUUGGCGUUGGUUCAUCUAGAGGUCCCUCCCCACUAACUAUUGGCUUAGCUGAUACAAUACCAUUAGCAGUAGCCUUUCACGAAAUCAUUCAUUCAUAUUUUCGAGGUAGUGAUGAGACUCGCUGUCAAGUUAAAUUAUGUGGUGAUAUGAUGUUAUCUUUUCCUGCUGGCAUUGUUGCCGUCUUGGCGAAUAAUCCGAAUCCAGCCAAACUUUCGUUUCGACUUCGAAACAGUAACAGGCUAGAAAAAUUGAUUCCAAAUAGUCAGUUAAUCAGCAUGGACGUAACUCAAGUAACGACUGAUAGUACACUUUUUGAAUUUAAUAUGAGUGCCUUAACUGCAUUAUUGCGACGACAAGCUGAUCAGAAUCCGGUCGCUUCGUAUUUUAACGUAGAUAUUCUAAAGUACCAAAUCAAGAUAAAAGAGGGUGCAGGCUCUUGUCCUUUUCAAAUAGUCGCUUAUUGGAAAUGCAAUCCAUCUCAUACUGACCUGAAGGUUGACUAUAAAUAUAAUAGUCGAGCAAUGGGAUCACCCACCCCACUAUUAAAUGUACAAGUUUCAGUACCUAUAGACGGUGGUUUUAAGACUGUUCAGAGUAAACCUAAUGCACAAUGGUUGCCAGAUACAAAUCGCCUUCUUUGGAAAUUUACUGAGCUUUCGCAACAUACGGAAGGAGCUGGUAUUGGGUCACUUAAAGCCCGCGUUGAACUUUCUCGAGGUCCAGGUAGUCAAGGAACCAUUUUCACACAAUUCAACUGUGAGGGGACUACUUUAUCUGGUGUUGAGUUCGAUUUAGCUGGCCCUGGCUAUCGAGUGAGUUUGAUUAAAAAAAGAUACGUAUCUGGAAAAUAUCUUUGCGAUGGUGAUGUCGAUUUGCGAACUCGUUAUGCCGCUCCGCCGACAAAUGUUGAAUAACUUCAGUCUAAUUCCAAGCAGACUUGUACAUAAUCUUACAUAUUAAAAUUCAUUUAUUAUUACAAAAGAUUUGUAAUUGACUCUGCCACGUCCACAAAAAUUUCUUUUUAUAAAA